UGACCAUGUUCACCCUCAUCUGCCAGAGCUGACUCUCUGCUGAGAUGCCUUGGCCUGGGCUCUACUCCUCAAAUAUGCUGGCACUAUCACUAAGUCAGCCAUCCUCAUUGUCAGCCAAUGUGAGAGAGACUGUCAGGAUCACCUGCUCUGGGGCUAGCAGCAACUGGUAUGGCUGGUUCCAGCAGAAGGUCCCUGGCAAUGCCCCUGUCACUGUGAGCUACGACAACACCAACAGACCCUCGGGCAUCCCUUCGCGAGUCUCUGGAUCCUUAUCCGGCUCCACGGGCACGUUAACCAUCACUGGGGUCCAAGCCGAGGACGAGGCUGUCUAUUUCUGUGGCUAUGACAGCAGUGCUGCUCAGGCUCUUGGUGAUGGCUCCCUGGUCCAGGCAGCAGCAGUGACUCAGCCAUCCUCAGUGUCAGCCAAGAACUGGAGGUUCUCUUGUUCUCCACCAUGUCUGAAGGUCAUCGUCCUUGUCCCUACAAAGAUCAGUGUGGCUUUGUCCCCCAGUCUGUCACAUCUUGCUACUGAUGACCAUGUCCUCCUCCUGCUGCCUCUGUGCUGGGGUGCCUUGAGCUGUGUCACUGUGAUCUAUGGAAGCAACAGCAGACCCUCAGACAUCCCUUCGCGAUUCUCCGGAUCCUGGUCCAGCUACACAGGCACGUUAGCCAUCACUGGGGUCUAA